AUGUCUUCGUCUACUGUAAUAAACUCUCUGGUGAAAACCGGUGCCCGACUGCCGCCGCUUCCCACCAUUCGGGAUUUGGUUCGUCUGUACAAGCUCCGGGCCAUCAAGCAACUUUCCCAGAACUUUCUAAUGGACGAACAGCUGACCAACAAGAUCGUCCGGGCGGCCGGUAACAUCAAGGACAAUUACGUGCUGGAAGUCGGACCCGGCCCUGGUGGAAUUACCAGAUCAAUCAUCAGAAAGUUUCCCCGUCAGCUGGUGGUCGUCGAAAAGGACAGACGAUUUUUACCGACUCUGGAACUGCUUGCCGAGGCUUCGAAGGACUUUCUGCAGAUGGACAUAGUGCGGGGCGAUAUUCUAGAAUAUCGAACGGAAAUGGCGUUUCCCGAUUGUCCGAAAACCGAAUGGACUGACAAGCGUGCUCCUGUUCACAUUAUCGGAAACCUACCGUUUGCUAUCUCGACCAGGCUACUCAUCAAUUGGCUACGCGAAAUGAGCCUGCAGUCCGGAGCGUGGGCCUAUGGGCGGAGUAGUCUGACCCUUACCUUUCAAAAGGAAGUUGCUGAACGAAUAGUUGCCCCGAUGCUCUCGGAAUAUCGUUGCAGACUAUCGGUCAUGAAUCAAGUUUGGAGCAAACCAGAGUUAAAGUUUGUUAUUCCAGGGAAAGCAUUUGUCCCCAAACCGGACGUCGACGUUGGGGUUGUAACCAUUCUCCCUCUGAAAACCCCACUAACCAAGGUCCACUUCGACGUUGUGGAAAAGGUUAUGCGGCACAUUUUCUCGAUGCGACAGAAAUUUUGUCGCCGGGGUGUGGCAAAUCUGUAUCCACCGGAUGUCCGCGAUGAGUUGACACAGCUCACAUUUCGGAUGGCUGAUGUGGAUCCUGAGGCCAGAUCAUUUCAGCUAUCCACCGAAGAGUGUUUGAGAAUCGCGGAGGCUUACGAUCAACUGAUGCAGUCAAAUCCCGAAAUGAGAAAUUACGACUAUCGGGCACCAAAGCAUGUGGCGAAUGAAGAAGAUUAUUGAAAAUAUGAUGAACCUACUUUCUUCUAGUAAUAUAAAGUUUAGUUACUGUCA